AUGGCGGCCUUUGGCCGCAAAUCCAAAGCUGCCAAGCCGGGCGCGGUCUCAACGCGUGAGGAUAAGAAGGACCGGGUCUCCCUGAAGGAGCUCUUGGCGGAAGAGGCAGAGCGUGAGCGUUUUGCUGAGGAGUUUGAUCAGAAAGAGAAGGCGGCGGCCAAAGAGCAAAAGCAGCAAAGUGAGGAUCAAGAUCGGCAAAAGGAGGAGCAGCGGAAGGCCGCAGAAGCAAGAAAGGGCCAGCCCAAUCCAGUGGUCUUCCUCGAAAUUGAGGUCAGGAGCCCUGCCGGCUAUGGAGAGCGCCAGGGCCGGGUUGAGGCCUCUGGUCGCCUGGAAAUCGAACUCUUUGCUGACAUAGCGCCACGAACAGCAGAAAAUUUCCGGUGCUUGUGUACGGGCGAGAAAGGCCGCGAUCUAUGUUUCAAGGGCUCCCCGUUCCACAGGAUCAUCCCAGGCUUCAUGGCGCAGGGAGGAGAUAUCACAGAUGGUGAUGGUACAGGAGGGAGGUCCAUCUACGGCCCGAAGUUUGCGGACGAGUCCUUCACGCGCCUGCAUGCCAGGGCGAACCUCCUCUCCAUGGCCAACUCAGGGCCGAACACCAACAACUCCCAGUUCUUCAUCCUCUUUGGGCAGGCCAGGCAUUUGGACCGGAAGCACGUGGUCUUUGGCGAGAUCCUGCGCGAGGAUGGGCAGGUCAUGAAGAAACUUCAAGAAUGCGGCUCGCAAUCUGGCGAAGUGAAAGGAUCUGUCAUCAUCAAGUCCUGCGGAGAGUUACGUGGAAAGGCGGAUGAGCAGAAGUCCUUUGAACGUUUCCGGCGCUCCCGAAGUCGCACUCGCUCGACGAGCCGCCGGCGGAAGCAGCGGAAGUGUUACAUUUGA